AUGGAAACACCUCUGAAGUAUUUGUUGCUCUUCACUGGCUUCUCUGCCUGUGCCCAGUUCGACUCAGGGGCCUUGGCGGCCUUUGAGCGUUUCCUCGCCAAGGACAUGCGGCUUACCACUGAGACCGUGGGCUUUGUGAAUGCCCUGGAAUAUGUGAUGCUACCACUAGCAUCUCCACUGAUUCCAUGGUUUCUGCGCUGCUGCAAGGUGAAGACUGUCCUGCUAGUUUGCUUGGUUGGAAAUAUGCUCGGAGUCCUCCUCCUGACCUUUGCCCCAAUGCUGCAGGAGAAAGACCCCAAGGAGCUGCAAGGCCUUCACAUGAUGGUGAUCUCCAGGGCUGUUUCUGGCGUUUGCCACGCAGGCAUCGCCGUUUACGGGAGCGUUUGGGUGGACCUCUUUGCGCCCAAAGACUCGGCCGCUUCAUGGCUGGGCGCCAUGCAGGCCAGCUCUUUGGUGGGACUGGUGAUCGGUUACACCGUGGCAGGCUACUGGGGCGAUUGGGUUCCAGUCUUCUUGCUGAACUGCCUUUGGUUCCUGGCCACCGGCGUGGGGAUCGCCUUGACGCCGGCGGCUUUUAUGAGCGACUCCCGAGGGCGUAGCAGCUCUGAGCCGCGGCUCUCCAUGCUGGUCUCCACACCUGGCGGGUCCUUCGUGGGAGAUGCCCCAAGCGGUGCUGGGUCACCCACCAGCCGGGAUGAGAGCCGUGUGUCGCUCCGGCGUUCUUCCGUGGAGACGGAGGAGAGUGUGAUGCUGUUUGCCUCUAUGGCGCUCUGCGUCUCAUCCUUGUUCUUCGUGUCUGGAGGGCUACAGUUCUGGGCCAUGCCGUACAUGGAGCAGCUUCGGUUGAGGGAGGCAAUGACCUGCUCGGUGGAGGAAGCCAACGGGGUGCACUCACUGGUGGUCACUCUCGUGGGUGCCACGACCUUGACGGCACCCACCUUCGGAGUCUUCGUGGGUAGCCAACUUGUGGACCGUGUGGGCGGCUACAAGAAAGCUGCGCGCUCCACCGCAAAGCUCUUGGCCGGCGGUGCGGGUUUGGCGAUGCUGUUCGGACUCGUGGCCUGCUUCUGUCCCAACUUCUGGUUGGCCGUCGCUGCCUUUUGGGUCUUCAACAUGUUAGGUGCCGCCUUGAUGCCGGGCGCCUUUGGACUCAUGUUGGGCGCGGUGCACGGGCACCGGAGGCCCUUGGCUUCGGCGCUGGCGCAACUUCCGAUCAACUUGCUGGGCAUGGCCGGCGGUGCUUUUGUCCCGGGCUGGAUCGCCGGUUGCGAGCCGCCCGAGACGUCACAGCCCUGCAAUCAAGGCUGCGACUACGCGGUGGGCCUCAGGACGCUUCUCUUCGGCCCUGCCUUUGGCAUCGUCCUGUUGGGCGCCGCACUGCUGAUGGUUGAGGCGACCCAGGGCAGCAGUGGCUUGGUGAGGUAG